AUGGCAUCUAGCAAGAACCAACCUGAAAUUAUCAACUUGGUUGACACCGAUGACGAAGAGUUCUACGUUGACCUCGAGGCUCAGAAAGCCGUCUUGAACUGGGAUGAUAGCUCUAGUGCUAGUGAGAUCAAAACCGAAGGAAAAGAUAGCGAUAUUGCCACCCCUCAGCCGCGCGCACAGGACUCGGGGUAUAACAGUAGCUCUUCCAGGCCCCAUCUUCAAAAUCUACAGUGGUCAUCAAAAGUCAUUCAAUGAUUUUGAAUUUUUAACAUUCUCAUUCCUUUU